AUGUCUUCCGAUGGCAAUCUCGCGCCUGGCGAUGCGGUGCGGAGAUUUGAGCUCCGCAAGGAGAGCGAGCUGCGCGUCGAGGUAGGCGUCGAUGGGCCGCUCAGGAUGCAGCUCGUGGCUGGCACGGCGGAGAUUUUCGGCACCGAGCUCCCUCCACAGUACUGGCUCACUUUCUCUCCCUCACAAAAAUUUGCUGUUUUUACGUGGGGUGGUGCGCUUCUGGAGCUCGAUGGCGUAUCAGAGGUUGCCUAUGUCGCUGAUGAGACACCGAUGGUGAGCUACGUCAAUGUUCAUGCGGUGCUUGAAAACAGGCGCAGGAGAGCUCGCGAAGCAGCAAUUUCUCUUCACAACGCUCCAGGCGAGAUUCCAAAUCCACUCACGCAGGUAAGAAGCAAGAACUUUUCUUCUUCUUCGUUCUUUUCCGAAUACGUUUUAGCAAUCGGAAACAAACAGGGACCGAGAGUGAUGGUUGUCGGCCCGACUGAUUCUGGAAAGAGCAGUCUUACAAAGAUGCUCCUUGGCUGGGCUGCUCGUCAGCAAUGGAAACCAAUGUACGUCGACCUCGAUAUUGGUCAAGGAUCUAUCACGCUCUCGGGAGCAAUCGCUGCAACUCCCGUCGAGACGCCUGUUGAUCCCGUGGAAGGGAUAAUUCUGGAUGUCCCUCUUGUUUACUUUUAUGGUCACACCACUCCCAGCAUAAACACUGAAUUGUAUAAAAUUCUGGUGAAAGAACUCGCGCAUCAACUGGAUCUACAGUUUGCAUCGAACAUAGCAACUCGCUCUUCUGGAAUGGUUAUCAACACCAUGGGCUGGGUCGAUGGUGUUGGUUAUGAGCUGCUUCUACAUUCCAUCGAGGCAUUAAAUGCUAAUGUCAUUUUGGUUUUGGGCCAGGAGAAAGUGUACAGUAUGCUGCAUGAUUAUUUGAGAUUAAAGCCUGGCGUAGAUGUUGUCAAGCUUCAAAAGUCCGGUGGUGUGGUGGCUCGCAACCAGAAGUACAGGCAGCAAAGUCGUUUCACGCGAACAAAGAACUACUUCUAUGGUCGAUGGAAUGAACUAUCACCUCAUGCCUCCGUUGUGAACUUUCAAGACAUCCAAGUCGUCCGCAUUGGUGGCGGGCCUCAGGCUCCUCGUUCCGCUCUUCCCAUCGGUGCCGAGCCUACCGCGGAUCCUACCAGAGUUGUCCCUGUUAGCAUUAACCGAGACCUUGUCCACGCAGUACUUGGAGUUUCCUACAGCAAAGAUCCAGAUCAAGUCCUUGCAUGUAACGUUGCCGGAUUUGUCUACGUCACUGAAGUAGAUCUUAACAGGAAGAAACUUACGUAUGUUGCUCCCUGCCCUGGGCCUCUUCCAAGCAAUAUACUUAUUGCAGGAUCCUUGCUAUGGGUGGAGUGAAUUUCUAGACACCGGUUAUGCUUAAUAGAACUAAGAUAGGGUUCUCCAA